ACCCCGUGUCGAUCCGUGGAUGAUUGCCCCAGCAGUCGGCCAUGUUUUUUUCGUGAUUCGUGUUUCGUGUCAAGUUGUCGAAAGUUUUCUCCGUGAAAAUCCGCUCCCAGUUCCGCUCGGGAACCGUUUCUACAGGACUUGCCAACAACUGAGGUGGACGUUCCGCCUUGGGGGUUGUCGGUCGUGCGUGUGUUGUGGGGUUGUGCGGCCACUGGGAGCAAGAGGACUCACCACCCUCAAUAAACAAGAAGGUUGCUGGAGCUGGGUGGAAGAAAAUUAAGGAGUUCCGCGGAUUGUGAGGCAGGCAGGACAGCGGGGGUUGAGGGAAGGCAGAAGAUAGGAAAGAACUCGCGAUUGUUUCGACGCGAUGAAUCGAAGUGAGGGCCUCGUUCGGCGGGUCAAGACUCGCGACACAGAUUCCAACGGAGGUGGCGGCGGGGGUGGGUCUUCCUCCAGCCAGUACGGCGAUGCGGAGAACAAAAACGAGCAAGAGGAAGAGCUGGAGGAUUGCGACUCGAAGGAAACGCGGCUAACCCUGAUGGAGGAAGUGCUGCUGCUCGGACUGAAAGAUAAGGAGGGCUACACAUCGUUCUGGAACGACUGCAUAUCGAGCGGCCUACGGGGCUGCAUCCUAAUCGAGCUCGGUCUGCGCGGCCGCGUCGAACUGGAACGCGCCGGCAUGCGACGAAAGGGUCUGUGCACGCGCAAGAUCAUCCUCAAGUCGGACACACCCACCGGGGACGUGCUGCUCGACGAGGCCCUCAAGCACGUCAAGGAAACCGACCCACCGGAGACGAUCCAGAACUGGAUCGAGUACCUGAGUGGUGAAACCUGGAAUCCGCUGAAGCUGCGCUACCAGCUGAAGAACGUGCGCGAGCGACUUGCCAAAAACCUGGUGGAGAAGGGCGUGCUGACGACGGAAAAGCAAAACUUCCUGCUGUUUGACAUGACGACGCACCCGCUGAACGACAACGUCAUCAAGUGUCGACUCGUGAAAAAGAUCCAGGACUCCGUACUGACCAAGUGGGUGAACGACCCGCAGCGCAUCGACAAGCGGAUGCUGGCGCUGAUCCUGCUGGCGCACGCGAGCGACGUGCUGGAGAACGCGUUCGCCCCGCUCAACGACGACGACUACGAGCUGGCGAUGCGGCGCGUCCGGGAGCUGCUCGAUCUGGACUUUGAGGCCGAGGCGGCCAAGUCCAACUCGAACGAGGUCAUCUGGGCGGUGUUUGCGGCGUUCACCAAGUAGAGCUAGGUGGGUUGUGUGCAUUUCAAGCUGCGGGACUAAGAGAGAGAGAGAGAAAUGUUUCGGUUUGCAUCGAAGUCCAAACACAAAAACACACCGACACAGGUAAACUCCCAUUUUUAGAGCUUGCGGUCCCCCUGUAGCAUCUCUCCCUUCGUUGUUUCCUAAACCGUGUGAUCGAUCAAGCUAUUCCAGAAUUCAGACCCCCUUAAAAUUACGAAAUCAAAAAAAAACUUUACGGCAUGAUAUGCGACGUAGCCCGAAGGAAGGUAACAUGAAUGAGAGUAAAAGUAGAAAAAACAAAAAA